AUGCUCUUUCAGUUGGUGUUGUGCCUGGGGAUAUGGUUCACUGGCCUGAUGGUGCUGCUUCUGCGAAGCAAUCCGACGUUCUAUCCGGUGGCCAUGUCAGGAGGCGUCCUCUGGUGCUCCGGCAACUGCCUCACCGUGUACAUCAUUAAGCAGAUCGGGCUGGGGCCAGGACUGGUGACCUGGGGCACGGCAGCUCUCAUCAUCGGCUGGGUCACUGGAUUUUUUGGGCUCUUUGGCUUGCCCAGUGAGCAGCGCUGCUUAGAGAAGCCAUGGCUCAAUGUUGUGGGCCUUGUACUAGCCGUCUUCGCGCUGGCGCUGAGCACACUCGUCAGGAAAAGCGCUCCCCGGAAACCACUGCUCGAUACUGGCCGGGUUCCUCCGACGAUUAAUGAGGACGAGGAAAGCCCACGAAGAGCAUCGACAGGCCGAACGAAGGGCGUGCUGGCGAGUUUGGUGGCUGGAACUUGUUACGGAUUGAAUUUCCUCCCAUCUACGUGGAUCCAGAACCAUGUAGCGGGAGCCUCCCAAGACGGGCUGGACUAUGUGUUCAAUCAGUUUUGUGGAAUUCUGGCAGCCUCCAUAGUGUACUUCUUGAUAUACUGCGCUUGGAAGAACAACCGGCCGCAGAUCAACCCUGAGAUCAUGCUUCCUGGUUUCAUCUCCGGAGUAAUGUGGGCCAUUGCACAGUCCUGCUGGUUCGUCGCAAACGUCGACCUGGGGUACGCCGCGGCUUUCCCCAUUAUUCUCAUCGGCCCAGGUUUCGUUGGAUCCCUGUGGUCAGUGUUCCUCUUCAAGGAGGGGCGAAGUCAUUUCCAACAAAACUCCUGCAAUACCUUUUUCAGCCUGAGUGAUGGUCCAUAUGCAGAAAGGCAUCCUGCGAGCAUGUCUCUUGGUCGUUUCCGCCGUCGAAGCAUCGAGUUAUAUGUCAUGUUACAUCUGUUUCUUGAAACGUUAGCAUGCUGUAACCUUCGGAGCGCCCUACAUUCCCUAAGCACCCUUAGGAUCUUCGGCUUACUUGUGUGGAAUAAGUUCCUCAGUGACUGUGGCCUCUCGCUCCCGAUCACAAGCCAUCACAAGCCUCCAAGACCCCCAACCACACAAAAGGAUUUGGAGGCCCAAAUAGGUUUAUAA